AUGAUUGACCUCUCUGCCUCAGGCUCCCCCAACGUUGCCUGGACCCGUCCUGGAGCAGUUGUCCUCUUGCGAGGUGGUCAGCUGUACAAGGCGGCUCCAGUAGCACCGCACCAAUGGGUACGACAAUCUGGUGAAGGUCUUGAAGCAGGUCUUCUGAAGCGGCUGGAGGCAUCGGCGCAGGAGAUCUAUGUCGCUGCAGGCCCUCGUGCGUGGUGCCCGCGGCUCUUCCUCUUCGGCAGCGAGGGAGUUUGGGCCUCCACGGUCCAAGAGCUUGUGGCGCAGCGGCACGUGCCGUGGCUGAGCUCGGCCGAGAAAGGUCCUGCAGCAGUUGGCCCUCCAAAUGGAGAGGCAACUGUCGCUGCCUUUUGCGCUUUGGCACCUUGGUGCUCAGUGGCGUUGAGUCAGAUUCUGACCAAAGUCACCAACCGCCAAGGAUGGCCUCCAUGGGCAUGCUCGGCUUGUGAUGACCUCGGGCUAUCAGGAUUUGGCCUUCUCAUCAUGGAAUCCGCUAGACAUAUGCAAGACCACUGGGACGUCUACCAGAAGGGGGCCGAGGAGUUGACCAAAAACUUAUUGGCGCUCUUCAGCAAAGUCCCGGAAAGCUUCAAGAAGCAGUACCAGGAGGCGAGUGCUGAAAUGGUGAAGUCUGCUCAGGAUCUCUUCUACUCCCUGCUAGGGAAUAUAGUCAACAAUGUGAGCUCCUUGAUCUUUGGGGUCCUCUUGACCAUGCUUUACACGCUCUUUUGGCUUUGCAGCCCUGUUCCGAUGGACUCCUCAGUGGAUGUGAUGUUCAGGAAGUACAUUAUGUUCAAGACACUGGCGUGCUUCGGGUAUGGCAUCUCGGCUGGCCUGUUGCUAUACUUCCUCUCCAUCGAUUUGGCGUCGGUCUUUGCUCUCACCACCUUUGCUUUGAAUUUCGUUCCUGAGGUUGGGCCCUUCAUUGCCAUGGUCCUGCCGUGCCCGGUGAUCUUGUUCGACAGUCGGCUGGAGAGACCAACACUGGUGCUGUUGACGGCGAUCAUCGGACAGUUAGCCUUGAAAUUCUCCUUCAGCAACAUCAUCGAGGUGAAGCUGAUCGAGAGUGACAAGAAGCUCAGGAUGCACCCGGUGAUGAUUCUGCUGUCGGUGGGCAUCUUCGGUUAUCUCUGGGGGCCUACAGGAAUGUUGCCGGAGGACCCCAGAUCUGGGCCUGGAACGAAUGUCGAUCCGGCAAUUUGUGAAGGUCAGUUGGAGAGGGAAACCGGAGAGGACAUCAUCGACACAGACGCCUUGGUUGAUGAUGGCGAUCCUAUCAUUUCGAGGGUCCUCGAAACUGCAGUUCAUGAUGUGAGUUCUGGAGCUGCAACCGCUGGCAAAGCAAUGCGGCAUCUAAAGGACCAUGUGCAGGACAGCAAAGGCUUAUGCAUGAACCCGAUGACACGUCGCCUUGGUAUCAUUGGCAAACAUCGAAAUGCUUCCAGAGAUUGGUGGCGGAACCUUGCCAAAGACGGACCAGUAAUCCAGUACAUUCGACUUCCCAUCAAAUAUCAAGAUCUUCAGGAUGGGCAGGACAAGUUUCGGAUGGAGGAUUGGCCAAUCCUAGACGUGCAUUCGAUUAUGCACUAUUUGGUGGACACAUGCAAACUGCAAAUACCAGAGUUUGCUGUUCGGAAGUAUUGGGAUCACAAUCGUAUACAUGGAGAACGCUGGGCACAGAACGUAGAUCCGUCAACUUUGCCUGUUGGAUUGUUUGGGGACGGCCCCCUGAUUGGCAUCACAGGAUUUGAGACCAUCCUUUAUGUGGUCAAUGGCUCAGCUAUGAAUCUACUGCUGCGAUGUGGCUGGUUUGGCAAUGAGGCCAACGUGAAAGUGGAUGUCAAGCUUUCCCGAGCGCAUGUGGCUUUUAAGAGCUGGUGCAGGAACAAUCGGGUGUAUUGUUCACAGCCAAUGUUCAAGCCAAAAAUGAUCUUCAAGAAGAAUGGAGACAUAUUAUUCACCCUCAAGGCCUAUAAUGGCCGGGCAGUUUUUGGGUGGCUGACAGAUGUGGUCUUUGAAGCCAGUCAGAAUGACCAGUUCGCUUCAUUUGACUCUCGCUUCCCCCUGAUCGCUCUAGCAAUGAAACAUUUGGCCCGGUUUCUUGGCCAACUUGAGGAAUCUGGCCGCUAUUUGACACAGGCGAAAGCUGAUUCUAUCUUCCAAGAUGGCCGGCGGUUCUUGGAUAUUUAUUCGAUCUUGACCGUGCAAUCUUUGAGGCUUGGACAUUUGGAGUGGUUGGUCCGACCAAAGUGUCACGCACUGUGGCAUCUCCUACAGUCUAUCAAAAAGAACUGCUGCAACGUCAAGUACCAUCAUGGAUUCCGAGAUGAGGAUGGCAUGCAAUGGAUGAAAAAAACGUGGUUCAAAGCGCACGCUUCUGGAAGAUCGAAAUGGAUCAUGCGCUGCUCACGCCUACGGAUUUGGUCUACUCAUACCAAGAUCAAGAAGUUCAACGCUUCCGUGGCUGCCAAACUUGCCAAGCACCACUAG